UUUAGUUUAUCAAAUCCGAUAUUGUGGGCGAUGCCCCAUUUCUCCCUUUUUUGUCCCUCGUCAGGGAAAGAAGAGCAAAACCUUUCUACUUAUGUGGCUGUGAAGCAAGAGAACAAAUCCAAAAGCAAAAAGAAAAAUCAGUCUCACCAGGAAGGACCAGGCGAUGGUGCGGCUCCUGUGUAUGCGCCGGUCAGGAAAGGGAGACUGUCCAGAGGCAAGAAGAGAUCUGCCCAGGGAGGGCAGAAAGACCCCAAUCUCCCUACAGAUGCCCCUGCCGAGGAAGAAGAGGGAUCCAAAAGCAAGAGGGACCUGCCAGCCUCACAGCCGGGGAGGGGGUUCUCCCUCUAUGCCUCCCUCAGGAAACCCAAGAAACCCAAGGAGAACGCGGCCAAUGUAUCUGCCCAGGAAGCUCCAGGCUUGGAGGAGACCCCCGGUGGGUCCGUUGAAGCCAAGAACAAUUUGGACCACAAAGGUUCCUUGAUGCGGAAAGUCCACAGAGUUCCCUCCUACAGACACACCCUGUGCCUCAUCCCCGCCCUCCUGCUAAUCUUCGUUCUCAUCAUCAUCAUCAUCGUUAUCAUGCGGUACUGUGGGAACCCACAGGAUUCGGGGUCCAGUGGAGGUGGAUCGGGGGGCCGGGCAGUCACGAUGAGCCGGGAGGACAGUGAGAGAAACUGCACCUCUGGGGGCUCCACCCUGGCACAGGUGCCAACGGGAAAGGGCACGUUGCAGGUACUGGCACCUUACUGA